UGGGUAGUGAUACCUCCAGGAUCACGUGAUGUGUAGUCUCAUACCAUGUCAGAUUGUCCAGCUGAAUGGUGUUUGUCUGAGGAUGUCGAUGUUCCGCUUUGCCGUGGUUGCCCUGCUUGCUGCUGUUGCCGUCGCAGUAGAUUUGAACAGAGAGUGGGCCAUAUUCAAGACCUCUUAUAACAAGAAUUACCUGACAGAGGAAAAUGAUGUCGUCAGACGCAUGAUCUGGGAGAACAAUGUGAAGUACAUCCAGACUCACAACCUGGAGGCUGAUAGAGGGUUGCACACCUACAGACUCGGGGUCAACGAGUACGCAGACCUGACUACGGAGGAGUUUGUGAAGCAGAUGAACGGCCUCCGGAUGGCCAACACAACAGGUGGCGCCACCUACCUGCCCCCCAGUGUCGGAGAUCUCCCGGCCGAGGUUGACUGGAGGACCAAGGGAUACGUCACAGAGGUCAAGAACCAGCUGAAGUGCGGAUCCUGCUGGGCGUUCUCCGCCACCGGCUCCCUGGAAGGUCAACACUUCAAGAAGACUGGAAAACUCGUGUCUCUGUCUGAGCAGAACCUGGUCGACUGCUCCCAGUAUAUAGGAAACCAAGGCUGUGGAGGCGGACUGAUGAACUUGGCCUUUGAGUACAUACAGAUCAACGUAGGCAUCGACACUGAAACGUCCUACCCUUACGUAGGAAGGGUCGACAGGUGCAGAUUCAAGAGAGCCGACAUUGGUGCUACCGAUAUUGGUUUCAUGGACAUCCAAAGAGGCAGCGAGUCUGAUCUUCAGAAUGCCGUUGCCACGGUCGGGCCAAUCUCUGUCGCCAUCGACGCCAGUCGCCCCACCUUCCAUCUGUACAAGAGCGGCGUCUACGACGACACGUCGUGCAGCACCCUGCAGCUCGACCACGGCGUUUUGGCUGUUGGAUACGGCAGCACCAGCGAGGGCGUGGACUACUGGCUUGUCAAGAACAGCUGGGGAGCAUCCUGGGGAGACCAGGGAUAUCUCAAGAUGUCCAGGAACAAGGACAACCAGUGUGGUAUCGCCACCCAGGCCAGCUACCCCCGUGUGUAAUGGACCCGUCCACGACAUGACACACUUUACCGACAAAGCGACAAUGUUUUCCACUCUCAUUAAAAUCAGAUGUAUUACUCCUAUACGACACCUUUCUGCGUGAGGAUCUCACAAACCCCCCGUAGAACGCCGUGUCAGAUGAACCCAAUCUAAAUGACAGUUGUCAGCUUUCUAAAACUACAUGAUGUUUACCCUAUCGAUAACAAUACAGCAACACGGGUUUUAGUAUGUUCCAAUCAGAAAUUAUCGUGGAUGUUAAUUUCCGAGAUACAAAAAUCAGAUAUGCUGUUCUGAAUGCUUCGCUCACUUGAACCUAGAAAUAAGAAAACUCGUCGCUGAUUGGCUGAUUAGAAUGUUCAUGUGACACGACCUCCAAUGGAGAGUUUGUUAGUCUUCUUGCAGGGCGACAUGGUAUCCGAGUAAUACAUCUGAAUGUAAUGAAGUUGUAUUUUUUAUAAAAUUCGAGGUAUAUACUAUAUCAAAUAUAAGCCUCGUUGAACUUUUUCAAUCAUUCAUUUUGUAAAA